UCCUGCUGUAGCUUUAGUUUGUUAGUAGACAACUUCCAAAUAACAUUAAUAGUGAUAUUGUUGAUCAAACGAGCUAUGAGUUAAGUUAAAGUUGCUUCAAGUUCAUACAACCUGUUCAUAAUGAUAUUGCGAUACAUUAAAUACGUAGGCCUAGUAGUAGUAUUUAUAUAUUCUAUCGUCAAAGCAGAUGAAAUCCUGGAUUUAACUAUCUUCUUACCCAACCCAACUGUGAGUAUAACUGACGACUCUGUAAUGUCAACAUUUGGAGGUUAUACUGGGGGUGGAGAUCAAACUCAAGAGAUCUUACUUGGUAGAGAAACUGACACAGGUACUGGGCUCCAAGGAGAUCCAGUAGAAUGGAGUGAUGAUGAUGAUGAUGAUGACAACGAUGCAACAGCCGUCAGGCCUGGUACAAUGUUUCCUACUGAUUCUACAGUAUUUGCAUAUGAUAUUGGAACAUUUGAUGUACUUCGUAUUAACAUUGCUGGGAAUUCCAAGAAAGAGAAAGUUGGAGCUUUCUAUGCCAAUGCUUCGAAAGAUUCAAAAUCCCAACAUAUAGCAUUCGUCAUAUUGUCUGAAAAUACCGAAAUCACUCCCGAUAGACGUUCUAUAUCCGCCAGUGUUGGAGAUAAUGUGACCUUAAGUGUAACCAGUAUCAUAAGAGAUAUUUCUGGUUUUCUAUGGAAAUUAAAUAACAAUAGUAUACCUGAAGGAAAUGGUAAAGAUUCGUUGACCAUAAAUAAUGUCAGACCAAGUGAUGCUGGAAUCUAUGAAUGCUACACAGGAGAAAGAAACGGAAAACACGCAAUCAUGAGAUUGAUCGUUAGAGGUUGCCCUACAAGAAUGUAUGGAUCAAACUGUGAUUUAAAGUGUCCUGUUUGUUACAAUGGAGGAAUAUGCGAUGAUGUGACUGGAUUUUGUGUCUGUCCAGCAGGAUUUCAAGGUGAAGACUGCUCAGAAGGUUGUGGAAAUAAUAACUGGGGGCGUACGUGCAGUAUAGUUUGCUCUUCGAGAGGAAACUGUAAAGGGGUAAUGUUCUGUCCUCCUGAUCCCAGUGGAUGUGCAUGUCAAGCUGGUUUCAGUGGUGUUACUUGUGAUAAUGCUUGUACGGGAAAUGAUUAUGGUGCAGACUGUAGUCAGAAAUGUGAAUGUGUAAAUGGUUGCGACAACACAAAGGGCUGUUUGAGUACUUCUACAUGUAACAAUGGAUUCACUGGAGAUGCAUGUCUUGAUCACAAAUCAUGUCCUGAUGGAACGUUUGGUGAAUUCUGUCAGUAUACCUGUCAUUGUGCAACAUCAUCAUUAUGUGAUAAGAAUACUGGUAACUGUAAUGGUGACUGUGAUGCUGGAUGGGGUGGUAACGAUUGCCAGAUAGCUUUACCAUAUAGGUACACGCCACCUAAUAUCGUUGACGUCGCAGCCAUAAAUAUGACAAUAGAAUACGGUUGGAAAUUUGGAGAAGAUUAUGGAACAGGGCCGGCUGCAUCAUACAGAGUCCUCUUUCGAAGUCACAUAGACUCAGAAUUUCAUUCAAUCAUUACAAAAGAUAGUACACAUAUAAUAACUGGGUUACCGCCAAAUAGCACCAUUGAGGUAAAGGUUUGUGUGUGCAAGAAUAUCGGUGGUUCAGAAGUCUGCGGACCCGAUAGUCAGGCUGUGUCACAAGCAACUAUCUGCUUAGAACCAUUGAACUCACCAACUAUUACAAUCCAACAUAUAAAUUCAUCUACAUUAACAGUCAACUGGCAGCGGUAUCAAUAGUAUAACGGUACAAGCAACCGG